UUCUGCGAUAACGGUGUGCUGGCGUGGACUGCGUGCUAGUAUCUUUUACCUCUUGCCACGUUCUGCUCUCUUGCUGCCAUCAAAGGCCUCAGGUGGCUGCAGCACGUCAUCUAGCAUUGUGACUUGCACUUGCCGCUGGAGUCGUAGGGUGGAUGGCAGGGAACUCCAGAAACCGAGAAAUGGACUCAGUGACCUUUGAGGAUGUGGCUGUGAACUUCACUUCGGAGGAGUGGGCUUUACUGGAUCCUUCACAGAAGAAACUCUAUAGAGCUGUGAUGCGGGAAACCUUCAGGAACCUGGCCUCGAUAGGUCUGAAUUUAGGGAAAAAAUGGGAAGAUCAUAACAUUGAAGAUAGGUACAAAACCCAUGGGAAAAAACUAAGAAGUCAUAUGGUAGAAAAACUUCAUGAAAGCAAAGAAGGUAGUCAGUGUGGAGAACCCAUCAGCCAGAUUCCAGAUCUUAAUCUGAACAAGAAAACUUCUUCUGGAGCAAAACCCUGUAAAUGUAGUAUAUGUGGAAAAGUUUUUGUGCGUCAUUCAUCCCUUAAUAGGCACAUCAGAUCUCACACUGGACACAAACCAUAUGAAUAUCAUGAAUGUGAAGAGAAGCCAUAUAAAUGUAAGGAAUGUGGGAAAGCCUUCAGUUACCGAAAAUCUGUUCACAGACAUGAAAGAACUCACACUGGAGAGAAACCCUAUGAAUGUAAGGAAUGUGGGAAAGCCUUCACAUGGCUCACAACCUUUCGAAGACACAUGAUAGCUCAUACUGGAGAUGCUCCUUACAAAUGUAAGGAAUGUGGGAAAGCUUUUAGCUGUUCCACUUCAUUUCGAGCGCAUGAAAGAACUCACACUGGAGAGAAACCCUAUGAAUGUAAACAGUGUGGUAAAUCCCUCAGAUCUCCUCUAGGUUUACAAAUACAUGAAAGAAAUCACACUGGAGAAAAACCCUAUGAAUGUAAGCAAUGUGGUAAAGCCCUCAGUUGUCCCAGUUCCUUUCGAAGACAUGAAAGGACUCACACUGCUGAGAAACAAUAUGAAUGUAAACAGUGUGAAAAAACCUUCAGUUCUCCCCUAGGUUUACGAAUACAUGAAAGAAUUCACACUGGGGAGAAACCCUAUGAAUGUAAGGAAUGUGGUAAAGCCUUCAUUUCUCUCUCAAGCAUUCGAACACACAUGAUAAUGCAUACAGGAGAUGGACCGUAUAAAUGUAAGCAAUGUGGGAAAGCAUUCAUUUGUCCCAGUUCUUUUCGAUCACAUGAAAGAACUCACACUGGAGAGAAGCCAUAUGAAUGUAAACAGUGUGGUAAAACCUUCAGUUGGCCCAGUUCCUUUCGAAUACAUGAGAGAACUCACACUGGAGAGAAGCCUUAUGAAUGUAUGGAAUGUGGGAAAGCCUUUAUUUAUCGUACAACCUUUCAAGGACACAUGAGAAAGCACACUGGAGAGAAACCCUAUAAAUGUAAAGAAUGUGGAAAAGCCUUCAUUUCUCCCUCAAGUGUUCGAACACACAUGAUAAUGCAUACUGGAGAUGGACGUUAUAAAUGUAAGGAAUGUGGGAAAGCAUUCAAUUUUCCCAGUUCAUUUCGAAUACAUGAAAGAACUCACACUGGAGAGAAGCCAUAUAAAUGUAAACAGUGUGGUAGAUCUUUCAGUUGUUAUACAUCUUUUCGAACACAUGAAAAAACUCAUACAGGAGAGAAACCCUAUGAAUGUAAAGAAUGUGGAAGAGCCUUCAUUUAUCGCACUACCUUUCGAGGACACGUGAGAAUGCACACUGGCGAGAAACCAUACAAAUGUAAAGACUGUGGGAAAGCUUUCAGUCGUCAUAAUUCUUUUAGAAGGCAUAAAAGAUCUCAUACUGAAUAAAAGCCUCCUGACUGUAAGCGGUGUGGAAAAGACAUCAGUUGGCCUUCAUCCUUAUGUAUGAAAACUCCCACUGGAAUUCAGUCCUAAGAAUAAAAAUAUGAGAAAGCCUGAUACAAAUUCAUCCAUGUAUAAUGUUCUAGAAAACUAUACUAUGAAUCAUUAUAAGUUAUAUAUUGUCUUUUUUAGUGCCUCAUUCUUAAGGUGGAUCUCUGAACUGUGUAUAUUACCUACUUCAUUCCAAAAGUGAAUACUGAGAUAAUGCUCUACACAAUACUACAAAGAUUAAUAGGUCUUUUUCCUUAAAUCAGUUAAUAGUAUUUUUCUCUUUCCAUUUUGGAGCUUGUUUGAUCUAUAGGUGAAUCGUGUAUUUCUAAUAUGCAGGUAGGUUUCAUUUUUUAUGUUUCGAUUGUUUUUUAAGGGGCAUACUGAUAAAUGAUAUUUGGGUAUUUGUUGGGAUUUUCCUACAGGCCUCCCGUGCCAGAUACUGGAUGUCUUUUACCAAUUACGUAUUCUAUCUUUUUUUUUUUCUAUGAGAAAAAUCUUUUUUGUAUUGGCCAGAAAACUCUCAUCCCAUUUUUUUUUACUAAGAAAGAAUGCAGAGCUUAUCAUAGGGUAUAGUCUCAUAUGAGUGACAGUUGGCCCUUGAACAAUGCAAAGAUUAGGGGCACUGACCUCCCACACAGUUGAAAGUCCAAAUAUAACAUACACAGAUUCCCAACCCUGGAGUUGACUUUUGGACUGUGUGGGUUGUUUGAACGGCUAUCAAUUGAAAAAAAAAUACAUGAAUAAGUGGACCUACCCACUUUGAACUCCCAGUGUUCAAGGGUCAACUGUAUUUACAUUUUUUGCCUUUUAUCCUUUAUCAUUGUUUCAGAUUAGGAUUUGAAUAGUAGACUUUGGGUUAAGACAGACCUGCUAUUAGACAAUAAAAUGGAGAAUUCUUCUAAAUUGUGUUUUGUCACCUGGGUAAUGUGACACCUAGAAUCUUCCACGGUUCCAUGUUAGAAACUCACCUAUAGCCUUGUGUGAGCUUUGAAAUGCAGAGGUACAGGAGACAUUAGUCUAGCUUUGGAGCCACCACAGAAGGAGGGAGGCAGAUGCACAGGAGUUUGGAAGACACCUGCUUCCAACCUGCUUUCUUGAUUCCUUGUUCUGCCAAUCAAAAGUAUCCUCAAAACCACAAUCAGCUGCCCGACUUCCAUUUUUUCAGAGGUGUAGACUUUCAUACAUAUCUUCAUAAAUUUCACACCCAAGAUCCAUCAUCAUUUGGACUUUACUCUGAUCUUCGGUGUAUCCACUAGGUAACUAAAUUUGCAUUUUAAUGGUUGGAGUAUCUUUUGAUGCUUAGACUUAUAUCUUUUCUAGAUUGUAUUCAUAUAAGGUCUGAUUUGUGUAGUAAACACUUUGUUCUAAUAAUACUGCUAGUGAACAUAUUUUCCUGAUUCCACUGUGACGGCUGCAGUGGUGCUGUCCAAAAGAACCAUGUUGGAGUUCGUUCCUCUGCUGCACUGUGUAAUGAUUUCUCUAACCCACUCCGUCUGUGUGAGAAUAAGCACCUUUCUCAUCAAGCAGAUUAUGGAUGUUUCCCAUUGCUCACAGCUGUACAUAAUUCUGCCGCACAUUUUCAAUUGUGUGUUUGUGAUUAAAAACAAUGUAUUUUUGUCAAACAAAAUUUUCUGUAGCUUAGAAAUAUUAACUGUUUUAUAUAAUUUGUAUGUAACAGUUAUUGUGACUUUCAUUUCCUGAGCACAUACAUUAAAAUAUCCUAUUAUAACUCUG